UAAUAGAUAAUAAUACCAUUCUAUUAGAAUUAAGCAAUAGCGACACUACAGUACUUCGAAGAGUGUAGACACAAGCUAUAAAGAGUUUAUUUUAGUGUGAUGCGCCUGACAUCCUUAAUCGUGAAGGUAUCGCAUGCUAGGCCCGGGGGUGAAUUCUAAUGAAUUAAUGCUUCCGUUUGAACAAUCGUGAAUUUUUUUUCCUCAAUUAAUAUGCCCAUCCCUUUAGUGAUAUCAUAUAACGCCGGUAAAAUGCCAACUGUCUCCGAGGUGCUGAUAAUCCCUCAAUAACCCACUGAUCAUCUCUUCGUAAAGCUUUAGCCAGAAGGCUAUCAAAUGCAAAUCAAGACCUCGAAGCAGAGGCCGAUGAGGCGCUCCCAGGGGCCUCUAAGUUUUAAAAUGAAAAUAAAUGAUACUGGCACUGAUGUCCAUUAGGGAAUCCGGUGCCGUUGCAGAUUCGUUACGCCAAAGCUCGAAUUGACGUCUAGGUAUGUGUGUGUGUGUGCUGUUCCAAACCGAACAGCGGACGAGCAAAGACGCAAAGUGCAACGGAGAAAUAACAUGUCUCGUGAAGCAGUCUCCUCAGAGACUAAACGAGUGGUUUUGGUCCCAAGGCCGUGGGACCCCGUAUUGAAAGUCGUCCUUUUUUCUUUCCUUUUAACCCAACACACGCUCUCUUCCCCUUAUAUCAACGCUGAGACGGCUUCAUCCGCUUAAUGGGUAUGUGUCGCGUGUGCUGUUACCAAAUGUCGAGGCAUAGGAGGUACUUGAGGCUUGUUUUGAGGAUGGCAGUACCAACAGCUGCCUGUCGUGUACUCGGUUCCACAGUUGCCACACGUAUGCAUCUGCAUAUUGUCGAUAUAUAUGAUGUUUUCCUCUGGGUAGGAUGUAUGUAUGCUAUGAUAGCCGGCGGAUUAGGUGCACGAGCACUAUACUGGGAUGCUGCGUUCGGUGUUUCUCUGGAUUUCCUGUUGAGCUGGGAAUGUAAAUACGUGAAGGAGUGUUUAGAUAUUAAAAGUUGAAGCUGUAGCUGUGGCUGAGGCGACGAAGAGAAGAUUGUGCGUUUGAUGCGUUUGAUAGAAGAAUAAAUUCAAAGUGACGGCUCUCCCCUCCGUUUCUGGGGAAGCUAGACUAGAAAUUGUAUGCUGGGGGGUCCAAGGUCCCUUGAGGGAUGGAUCGUCUGUGUGGAUUAACAACUUUAAUAUCAAUCCUAAUUUGGCUCUAAUGCACGAUCCAUCAAUAACUUCACGAUGGCUGGCGGACUAGACCCACAACACCACCUGCCUACUACAGUACUACUACAAUACUAUGUAAGGGUCUUUGCCAAUAGCGCG